AUGUUUAAUUUUAAUAAAUUAAAUUUUAAAAAUAGAAAAUGUAAAUGUGAUACAAGUAAUGGAUACUAUAUUUCAACUGAUAAUUAAUGUCUUAAAUGUCAUGAAAGUUGUUUGACUUGUUUUGGUGAUUCUUAACAAAAUUGCUAAUCUUGUCAUCCUGGAACCUAUCUCUAUUAAGAUUUUAGUUGUAAAACAUGUGAUCAAGAUAAAGGAUAUUAUAUUAAAGAAAAUAAAUAUUGUUAUUAGUGUCAUCAAAGUUGUUAGACAUGCUAUUUUAUUUCAAUUACAAGUUGCUUGUCAUGUAAAACUGGAACAUAUUUAUAUCCAGAUAAUACAUGUAAAGAAUGUGAUACAAAUAACGGCUAUUUUAUUUAAGAGUAAAAAUGUCUUAAUUGUAAUUAAAGCUGUUUAACUUGUAGUGAUAUUUUAGAAUCAAAUUGCUUGUCUUGUCAUUAAAGAUAUUAUCUCUACGAAAAUUUUACAUGCUAACAAAGUUGUGAUAUUUAAAAUGGAUAUUUUAUUCAAGAAAAUAAAUGUAUUAAAUGUCAUGAAAGCUGUUUAACUUGUAAUGGCAAAUCUUAAUAAAAUUGCUUGUCUUGCAAAACUGGAAAAUAUCUCUCAUUAGAUAAUUCAUGCAAACUAAUUUGUGAUAUUAACAACGGAAAUUUUAUUCAAGAAGACAAAUGUAUCCAAUGUGAUAAAAGCUGCUUAACAUGUAAUGGUAGUUCUAAUUCAAGUUGCUAAUCUUGUUAAUCUGGUUUUUAUCUUUAUCAGGAUAAUACUUGCUAAGAUAAGUGUGAUACUGAAAAUGGUUAUAUAAUUAUAGCUAAUUAAUGUUAUAAUUGUCCUUAAAAUUGUUUAAAUUGUAGCAAUCCUAUCUAAUGUUUGAAAUGUAAACCUAGCUAUUAUCUUUUAUCAAAUAAAAAGUGUUCCUCUACAUGUAGCAAAGAUAAUGGAUUUUAUAUUGAAAAUGAAAAUUGCUUACCAUGUGAUGCAAGCUGCUUAACUUGUAAUGGUAGUUUAGCUUCAAAUUGCUUGUCUUGUCAGUCUGGAUCAUAUCUAUAUUAAAAUAAUACUUGCUCAGAUAAAUGUGAUACGAAAAAUGGUUAUAUUAUUUAAGGAUCUAAGUGCUUAUUAUGUCACAAAAACUGCUUAACAUGUUUGGAUAGUUCUAUUUCAAGCUGCGAAACUUGUAAAUAUGGUUAUUACCUUUAUCAGAAUAAAACUUGCUAGGAUAAGUGUGAUAUUUAAAACGGCUAUUAUAUUUCUGGUAAUAACUGUUUUCAGUGUCCUUAAAAUUGUUUAACUUGUAGCGAUUCUACCAAAUGCUAGAAAUGUAACCCUAAGUAUUAUCUUUUGUAAGAUAACACAUGUUCCUCUACAUGUAACACAGAUAAAGGAUAUUAUAUUGAUAAUUCAAAUUGCUUACCAUGUGAUGCAAAUUGCUUAACUUGUAAUGGUAGUUUAGCUUCAAAUUGCUUGUCUUGUAAAUAAAGGUCAUAUCUAUAUUAAAACAAAACUUGCUCAGAUAAAUGUGAUACGAAAAAUGGUUAUUUUAUUUAAGGAUCUGAUUGCUUAUUAUGUCACGAAAGCUGCUUAACAUGUUAGGAUAGUUCUAAUUCAAGUUGCAAAACUUGUAAAUCUGGUUAUUACCUUUAUUAGAAUAAAACUUGCUAAAAUAAAUGUGAUACUCAAAAUGGUUAUUAUAUUUCUGGUAGUAACUGUUUACAAUGUCAUUAAAAUUGUUUGACUUGUAAUGGUGAUUCAAGUAAUAAUUGUUAAGAUUGUAAUAAAGGUCUUUAUUUUUAACCAGACAAUUCAUGCGGUCAAUGUAAUACAAAUAAUGGAUAUUUUAUUUCUGGAAAUAAAUGCUUGUAAUGUAAUUAAAAUUGUUUAACUUGUAUUGACUCUACUAAGUGUUUGAAAUGUAACCUUAACUAUUAUCUUUUAUCUGAUAACACAUGUUCCUCUAACUGCAGCACAAAUAAAGGAUAUUAUAUUGAAAAUUAAAAUUGCUUACCGUGUGAUGCUAGUUGCUUAACUUGUAAUGGUGGUUCUAAAGGAAAUUGCCUAACUUGUAAUUCAAACUUUUAUUAGAGUAGCAAAUAAAAGGAUAACAGUGGUCUUACUGGAGUAGAGUGCUAUCCUUGUGAUAAAUCCUGCUUAAAGUGUAAAGGCCCUUUAGAAACAGACUGUCUAUCUUGCCCUAAAAAUUAAACUUUAUUACCAACUCUUAGCAAGUGUUCUAUUUGUGAGGAAGAAUACUUUUUUAAUAUAACCACGAAUAACUGUGAUUAAUGUCAUAAAACAUGUUUAACUUGUACUGGCAAAAAUAAAAAUGAAUGUAUAGAUUGCAAUGGAGGAUUAAAACUCAGUAGUAUUACUAAAACGUGUGAAUAAAGUAGUUAAAUUUAAAAAGAAUAAAAAUAAAUCUAACUUAGCUAAGAAAUAGGCUGUUAUAACUAAACUCAACAAUCUAUAGAUAAUUCUUGCUUAGAUGAAUUCGAAAAUAGCUAAUCCUCAACUUAAAAUCUUGAAACAUUGGCUAUAAUAAAUAUAUCACUUAUUUUAGCUUCUUCAAUUUUCACUCAAUAUGGCUCAAGUCUUGGUUGGAUAUUUAUUAAUGAUUAAUAGAUUUUGGGAUUAUGUCUAGUUUUCUGGUUUUUAAUUCUGCAUAUGUUUUCUUCUGGAAAAAUGAGUUCAAUAGCUCCGAUUUGA